GAAGCAUCGACACGGGAGUUUGUUGCUUGGCUAGAAAUUUCGGACAGCGUUGUUUAAAAGCAUUCAUAGGAACACGAAACAUGGCGAAGCACGGGGAAGGAAGACCAGUUGUAGUAUUUCUCCUAAUAAGCAUCAUAACAGGAUUAAGUGCACAGCGACUUCCGCGGUGCGACAAACCAUGCCCCUUUGUGUUCCGGCCGGUCUGUGGCAGCGACGGAAUCACCUACAAUAACGAGUGCCUUCUGGAGAUCGCCAUGUGCAGAGAUGCAACACUGUUCAAGGAGUACGACGGGGAAUGUGAAGACAUAGACAUCUGCGACAGACCUUGUCCCCAAGUGAUACAACCUGUCUGUGGCAGCGACGGAAUCACCUAUGACAACGACUGCCUUCUGGACGUCGCCAUUUGCCACGCC